UAACUAUACUCGAAAAUCUCUCGGCUCACCUCAUUUCUCCUACUUUCGACAUCAUGAACGACUUUCGCGACAAGACCGCUCCAACCAGAGACUCCAUCCUCACGUUUCGCGAAGUUACCACGGAUAAUUACUUAGACGUGGCACGUCUAAGCUUCAAAGACGGUCAAUCUGGCAACCUUUCCUCGAACGUAUGGUCACUCUUGGUAUCCCGCUUCGAACAAGAGGCAUGGGUGCGAGCCAUCUACGCUGACGAGACGCUUGUAGGUAUGCUCAUGAUGGAAAUAUGGGAUCCUACCGAGUCAUACCACAUCUGGCGAUUCAUGAUCGAUGGCCGGUAUCAGCAUCUAGGAUAUGGGCGACGGAGCGUAGAAUUCGCAAUUGCACACUUGCGCCAGAACCACCCCAAGGCAAAGCAGCUACAGCUCAGGUCAACGCCUCGUGAAGGAAAGAAGAAUGAUUCGGAUCCGGACAUGACUGUGAAGCCUGAGGAUUCGCCAUACAGAUUUUAUGAGAAACUUGGAUUCAGAGAGAUUGGACCGCCUGACCACGAUGGAGAUGUUUUGAUGGGGAUGGACCUGUAG